AUGGUUUUUAACUCCUUCUCCCUGCUCCUCCUCCUCCUGCUGUCACUACAGGUGUGGAGCUAUGAGGCUCCAGAGGACAAGCAGGAUGUAUUUGCUACAAGAGCCUGUCCUGCCUUUCUGACCUUCAUCAACGCUGCCUACCUGGCAGGAGUUACCGUGGAGCUGCCAUGUCACUGCAAACCACAACAGGUCCAAUCAGUAGUGUGGUUCUUUAGGAAACAUUUGGGCAGCUACGAGGACACCAGAGCCUUGAGUGAUCGCCAUGGCAACAAGCUGCUAGACUCCAGUCAGGUCCCUCACAGUGGAGACUUGAGAAGCCGAUUCUCCAUCCGGCUCUUCAGCCUGCUGAUCUUCAGAGCGGGACCCGGAGACUCUGGCAUCUACAUCUGUGGCUCCGCUCACCAGGACUUCUUCUAUGGUUAUGACCUGGACAUCCAGAAAGCUCUCACAAUCAGCUUCACUCAGAGCAAGAACAAAAGAAGACAAGCCAGCAAAAGACUCCUCACUUCUGAGUGGCUGUACCAAGUCUUCACCAGCUACCGGCCCUGGACGGUGUGUGAUCGUUGUGGCGUUCCAGGAGAGCAGGUCCGUGUGGGACUGUGCUACGUCCACUCCCGCUUCCUGCACGUGCGCUACAGACGGGCCAAUCAGACAGUGGCUUCUUGCGGUUCAGGGGCGGUGCCCAGAGCGUUUGGCAAGAGCUUUAGGCAAAGCAGAGUUGGGGCUAAGUUGAAGGUCAGAAGCUGUCAAGUGACGUGUCCAACUCAACCCCCUCAAUCCUCCAAACUCCUCGCUCUGUUGUCAUUUCUUGGCUACAGUUCUGCCUCCUCACCAGUACGGAUACCAGUGUUCUACCUGAGCCACCCAGCGGACCAAGUUCUCACCCUGGGAUGCCCAGGAGCGCGUCCUAACAUGGCUGUGGCCUGGGAUCGAGGAUCUAAACCCAUCUACCGACAUGAGAACUCAGCAGGCGGUAACCUCGGCGCCACGACCCCGAGGCUAAUUAUAGACACCGGACACCACCUGGUGUUUCAACCAGCAAAAAUUCAGGACUCAGGCGUCUACUACUGCUGGCUGCAGGGUCGCCGGGCUGCUGAGAUACAUCUGCUAGUUUAUGUCCGCUUGGGGCGUGGUCAGUCUCUGUUUUCACAUCCUGACUUCCCAGCAGCUGUAUAUGUGGUGUUACAGUCAUAUGCUGCCAUGACGGCUGUGUUUUGCUUGCUGCUGUUCUUCAGAGCUGUAGUCAGACACCACAGAGACGCUGCAGAAACACAUAUGGAUUAAACCCCGUGAAAUAUAAGUUGUGUUGUUGUUCUUAACCAUUGCAGUAGUAAUGUAAUUUUUUGAGAUACCAGCUACACUAUCACUGUAUUAUUCAGGAACCCAAAACAGGUGCUGAUUGCUAGCACUGUCCUAACGUCAAACAUGCAAAUGUUUGCAGAACACAACACCCAGAUGGAGCUGUCUGAAUCAGAUUUCCUCUGAGAGCAAAACAACCUAGAAGACAACAUGGUUUGCUUUUCUUUGUAUCUUGUCUCGAUGCAGUGAGUUGGCAAUUCCACUGUGGCAGCUUUAGACGAUAAUGACAAGCAUUUUGGAUGCUCUGCUAAAGGCAGGAUGGGAAAAAGUAAAAGGCUACAUUUCCAUAUGCCCAGCAAGCAAACAGCAGGACUUUUAUUUGUAGCAGACUGAUGCUAACAAACUCAGCUGCAAA